AUGUCUUCAUCUGUUCCGAUUGGGAUUCCUAUAUUACCUGUGAAAGGAGUGGACCCGAAUCUUCGUGCACAAACAAAUUCUGAUAUUGUUGCCAAUAGAGCGGCUAUACGAAUGGCAAAUAUUCAGGCUGCUGAAUCACUAAAGGCCGAAUUAAAAGGUCAUAAACGUAAGGCCGAUGAAGUUGAAGAGGAGGAAAAAAUGAUGGAAACAUCAAAUGAGGCGGAAACACCAAAUGAGGCGGAAACACCAAAUGAGACAGAAGCACAAGAUGAACUUACGGACUCUAUUAGAUUAUGGGAAUCUGGAUAUAAAGAACGUUAUUAUAAGGCCAAGUUUGGCGUGGAAAUGAGUGAUGUAGAAUUUCGAAAACAGUUGGUUAAGUCUUAUAUUGAAGGUCUUUGUUGGGUGUUACGCUAUUAUUUUCAAGCAAGUAUCCCAAUAACAAAAAUUUGCGGCGUUCCUUCUUGGAAAUGGUAUUAUCCAUAUCAUUAUGCACCAUUCGCUUCGGACUUUGUAAAUAUUAAAGACAUUAAUAUAAGCUUUGAAUUGGGACAACCAUUCAAGCCAUUCGAACAACUCAUGGGCGUGUUACCAGCUGCAAGUAAAGUGCAUUUACCCGAACCAUUGGGUAAUCUAAUGAUUAGUGAAGAAAGCGAAAUCAGAGAUUUCUAUCCCGAAGAUUUUGAAAUUGACUUGAAUGGCAAAAAGUUUGCAUGGCAAGGCGUGGCGAUAUUGCCUUUUAUCGACGAAACACGCCUGCUUGCGGCAUUAGAAAGUGUGUAUCCUUAUUUAACAGAGGAAGAAAAAAUUAGAAACUCAACAGGAAAUGAUGUCUUAUGUUUUGGAUAUCAACAUAAAUUAUACGAAGAGUUAUGUCUCUUAUACGGGAAGAGAAAAAUAGAGGAGCCUGUACCUUUGAACCCCAAACUUAGUGACAAACUAAUCGGGUUUGUAUCGAAAGAUCCUAACUUUAUACCGGGAAGCACGCUACAUUCACCAUUACCAGGUCGCGAUGAGCCAGAUAUAGUUAACAAUAAGUCAUUAAGUGUUAUAUAUCAUCUCCCACCAAGAAAUGAGGCUCAAAAAUCAAUAUUAUUAAAGAAUGUAAAGUUGUCUAGUC